CAUUCUCGCCAUUUUGCAAUGUGAGCGACCGAGGCGACUUUUUUUUUCUUUUUUUAAUGACUGGCAAAUAAAACUAACGCGAGCACUUGCAUGCUUGGAGGACAAAGAGCGCGGCGACUCGGACAUGGAGGACAUCAACAGUGUCGCAGUCCUCAUCGCCGCCGCUGCCGCUUCCUCAUCCACGCCUUCGUCGGAGCCCCACGAGCAGCAGCGCAUCGCCGACGCCUCCAAGCGCAAGCCGGACACCGACUCUCUCAUCCAGGUCAUUGAGAAGCUGAGUAAAAUCGUGGAGAAGCGACCCCAGCGCCGCUGCACCCUGACGGGACACAAGAGGUUCCAGCCGAGAGCAGAAGGAGACUCGCCUCACAAGAAGCUGAGUGUGGCGCUCGUGGAUGGAGACCUCAACAACAACAACAACAACGCGAACGACCGUGGCGAGCUCAAGCCUGCGGUCACGUGCUACCAAUGCAGCCUGUGCCCCUACCUGUCACCCACGCUUCCGCUGCUCAAGGAGCACCUGAAGCAGCACAAUGAGCACAACCAGGACCUCAUCCUCAUGUGCUCAGAGUGCUGCUUCAGCUCCCGAGACCAAGCGCAGCUGGAGGAGCACGUCAGGAUGCACCUGGACAACAGCGCCGACGCCAUGGAAUGUGAACAUGGACCCGGGAGGGAUGCUGAACCGGUGGACUCAGAGUGUGUGGGUGACGGCGAGCAGCAUCAGCAGCGGCAGAAGAAGAAAAAGAAGUGGUACAUUUACGAGGAGUACGGCUUGUACCGUUGCCUGAUCUGCAGCUACGUGUGCAGCCAGCAGCGUAUGCUCAAGACGCACGCCUGGAAGCACGCCGGACUCCUCGACUGCUCCUAUCCCGUUUUCGAAGAAGAGGAGGAGGAGGUGGAAGAGACGGGAGCUACCUCAGUCGUCGUAGCGUCCGCCAGUCAAGAGGCGGAGUCCCAGACCGUCUCAACCGCCUUCAAACUGUGCGUGCCGCUUCGAGACUGCAGAUCGAGUCCGCCCCACCUCGCCAAAGAGGAGCCGGGCGAGUUCGCUCUCAAGGAUUUGAGUCCCGAAGAAUCUGAGACAGAGUUGCACGUUGCCACGGAGACAGAGGUGGAGGCCGAGACGGCGUCUGUGGCUGACAGCCUGCUGACGUCAGCACAGAAGAUCAUCAACAGCGACCCCAAAAGCGCCGGACACAUCAACGUGAUCGUGGAGCGUCUGCCGUCCGCCGAGGGCGCCGCCAUGGCCGCUGCGCCGCUGCUGCUCGACCCAGAGGCGGACGCCGGCCAAAGCUUAUUGGAUGUCAAAGAAGAGAAGGAGCACGCGCGAGGCGGCGACCCCCCUCCAGACGAGAACGUUCCACCGGCCGGACGCAAGAGGACGCACUCGGAAUCGCUUCGUCUUCACUCGUUGGCUGCUGAGGUCCUGGUCGCCAUGCCCAUGAGGACCCAUGAGCUCAGACCCGAGGCGGCGUCCGUGAUGGAGCAUCACGAAGAUGUGGACGGGGACCCAGGGUUCCUUCGCAAGACUCCCGAAGGCACCGCCGCCACCAACGCCGGCAUCAGCUCGUCUCUGCUCACCGUCAUCGAGCGUCUUCGCGAGCGCUCGGACCAGAACGCCUCGGACGAGGACGCCGGCCAAAGCUUAUUGGAUGUCAAAGAAGAGAAGGAGCACGCGCGAGGCGGCGACCCCCCUCCAGACGAGAACGUUCCACCGGCCGGACGCAAGAGGACGCACUCGGAAUCGCUUCGUCUUCACUCGUUGGCUGCUGAGGUCCUGGUCGCCAUGCCCAUGAGGACCCAUGAGCUCAGACCCGAGGCGGCGUCCGUGAUGGAGCAUCACGAAGAUGUGGACGGGGACCCAGGGUUCCUUCGCAAGACUCCCGAAGGCACCGCCGCCACCAACGCCGGCAUCAGCUCGUCUCUGCUCACCGUCAUCGAGCGUCUUCGCGAGCGCUCGGACCAGAACGCCUCGGACGAGGACAUCCUCAAGGAGCUGCAGGACAACGCCAACGCCGCCCCGGAAUGCCCGGGGGCGCCUCCGGACGGGAGCCUGGUGGACUACGAGGCCGGCAGCGAGCGGCCGUAUCGCUGCCGCCUGUGUCGCUACAGCAGCGGCAACAAGGGCUACAUCAAGCAGCACCUGCGCGUGCACCGCCAGAGGCAGCCGUACCAGUGUCCCAUCUGCGAGCACAUCGCCGCCGACAGCAAGGAUCUGGAGACGCACAUGAUCCACCACUGCAAGAGCAGGACGUACCAGUGCAAGACGUGCUCGCAAGCCUUCCACUACAAGAGUCAGUUGAGAAGUCACGAGAGGGAUCAUCACAGCUUCGUCGGCGUUGACGCACCAGCGCUGGCGGCCGUGGAUGAAACGGUCGCCGCGCCCGAGGAAGCGGAACGCGCCCCGGAUGAAGAAGGCGCUCUUCAGAAGACGUUUAAGUGCGACGCGUGCAACUACACCAGUGCCACCUAUGUGGGAGUCAGGAACCACAGACGCAUACACAACUCGGACAAACCUUACCGGUGCUGCAACUGUGACUUUGCCACCACCAACAUGAACAGUUUGAAGAGUCACAUGAGGAGGCACCCUCAGGAGCAUCAGGCUGUGCAGUUCCUCGAGCAGUACAGGUGCUCGCUUUGCGGCUACGUGUGCAGCCACCCGCCCUCCCUCAAGUCGCACAUGUGGAAGCACGCCGGAGACCAGAACUACAACUACGAGCAGGUCAACAAGGCCAUCAACGAGGCCAUCUCGCAGAGCAGCCGAGCUCCUGUGUCGGCGCCGACGGGACCGGAAUCUCUGACGGCGUGCUCGCAGGAGAACGCCAAAGUCCCCGCAGAACCACCUCUGGAACCUCCCUCCGCGCUCCCCAAAUCCAGCCCGGACCCCUCGGCCCCGACCCCGCAAAGGAGCUCAGCGGUCCCGCCCCAGCCGCACGGUGGCGGCGUGGAGUACUGCAUGCUGCUCUUCUGCUGCUGCAUCUGCGGCCUGGAAUCGACCAGUAAGGAGCGGCUGAUGGAACACAUGAAGGAGCACGAGGGUGACCUCAUCAGCAUCAUACUCAACAGUAAGGACGCGCACAAACACGCGCAGGCAGGCGCGGCGAACCCCGAAUGACCCCCAGGAAUGACUAGAAUAUUUCACACGCUCACUUACCUCAGUGGUCACGCUUAUCCUGUCACUCGUCUGUCAACCAGCUCCGCUGUCCUGUCAACAACAAAGGUUGCCGUUUUUAUAGCAAUAGUAUGCCGUAGAAUGCAUGCUAGACCUCCGCCAAAGGCCAGCCAAGCACAAUUUGGAUCACAUUCCAUUUUUUUCUUAGAUGACACACAUUUAUUUUUCUCAUGUUUGUUUUUUUCCCUCAUUUAAAAUGGAGUGAAGUUUUAAUUUCAACGAAGCUAACUCCUACGACGAAAACAAAGACAGUAGAACGAAGGACGGGCAGUGUAUUCAGAAAAUUGCGAAACGAGUCAGUGAAGUGAGCAUGCAUGAGAAUUCUUGAAUGGCGCCACAUAGUUGAUGCCGCUCGUUUGUCCUUUUUUGCUCCACGAAGUUCCGUCUUGUUUUUGUACACGCAAUAGUCAGAAAUUUUUUUUCCAAGAAAAUCAUUUUAAAAAAAAAUACUGUUCCCUGUCCUCGAAAGUAGUGACACCUCCAAAUGACAAAUCUGACCACCACCUCCCCAAAAUUGUCAAAAUAUUAUUAUUUUUUUUUCUUUAAAAAGGCUAAUCUACUAAUUUGUUUUAUCGCUUCUUAUCAAGAAUGUCCUGGAAAAAACUGACCGCAAUAACGUAACUACAGGCGGGAUAAUUGAUCAUUGAUAGUUCAUGAAAUCGAAUAAUAUUGCACGGCUAUGACGUUUUCCUCAAAAAGUCUAUUCUCAAAACUGCUUCCAAAGCCGCCAGUUCUCAAAUGUGACUGAUUUUGCCUUUUUUUUUCCACAAUUCAAACGAAACUUCCUUGGCGGAGGUAACACAAAAAGGACACAAAAUCUGUCUCCAGUGGUGUGGUGCUAGAGCGCUGGUCCAAGUUGAUACCUCGUACAAACAAAAACCAUGCUGGUGCAAGGCAGCUCGGGUUUUUUUUUUUUUUUUUUUAAAUAGCUACUGUCAUAUUUAAUGUUUAUUUAAUAAAAUAAUGUGUUGAAACUCGAUCACGGCUUGAGUUCAGACGUAUUUAUCUGUUUGUGCGCAUGUUUUUAUCACGACACUUUGAAAAGAAAAAGUGGAUUAUUGAUUGAAUUUGUUCGCUGUAUAUGUUCAAAACAUAAGUUUUGUUUUUGUGAGGAAGGGGGAAAAGGGACGAACAGAGGGAAUCUGCUUUUUCAUUUUCCCAGAAUGGUGCCUAAAAAACAUGUACAGUGUCAACUUCAUUUUUUAAAACUAUGUAUGCAUAUAUAUUGCCCCAACAUGUAUGUUCUAUUUUUGUAUGUAAUCUUUUUGUUCACUCUUUUAAAAGACUUUUUAGCUCCAAGGCAAAGAAAAAAACUGCUGUUCCCGCCAACACGAACACAGGUGACAAUAAAAUGUCAAGACGCAACAUCA